AUGGGUUGGGGAAAGGGCAAAGGCUAUUGGCAUCACCAUCAUCAUCCUCAUGGCAUUGGAAGGGCCGUGGCAGAGGUUGCCGUUGUUGGCAGUGCAGCCAUUGCCGGAGCAGCAGUUGCCACCGCUGUCGCAGCAAACCGCGCACCACCGCCGCCACGGCGUGAAGUCGUGGUGGUCCCAGCAGUAGCCACAGCUGCACCUGUAGCCACUGCAACCCCUGUGUUUGGAACGGCGACUGCUCCAGUGGUGGUUGUGAAAGGAAAAGGAAAAGGAUGGAAAGGCAAGGGCAAAGGCAAAGGCAAGACGGAAGUCAUUGAAGUUCCCCCUCUUGGAGUGUCAGCAGUUGGCAUUCCGGCAUCUGCUCUCUCGAAGCACGAGGGUGUGACCUUCUUUGGUGUGGAUGUGGUGCCAGAGACCGGGGCUUCCUACCGAGUGCAGAAGCGAUACAACGACUUCGACCAGUUGAAGGACAGCCUCAACUAUAUGGCGCCAGGGUCCAGAGUGACCUCCGAUUUUCCUCCAAAGCAUCUCUUUAGCUGCGAAGGGCCUAAACUUGAAGACCGACGCCAUGGCUUGGAGAGGUGGUUGACCCGUGUGCUGAACGAUCCCCACAGCCGGGGCCUUUGGUGUUUGGAGCUUCGCGGAUUCCUCGAAGUCGGUGGGGUCCAUACCCUUCCAGACCAAGCACCGCCCCUGGCAGCCUCUGCACCAGCCGAAGCUGAAGGACAAGUCUUGCAGAUUGCGAUUCCCGCGGGAGUCAGCGGCGGACAGACGUUGUCUGUGACCGUGCCUGAUGGACAACAACUCAACUUCACCGUCCCCCCGGGUGUGUCCGGGGGGUCAGAGCUACAAUUGUGGUAUGACCCAGUAGCUGGCACUGUCAGUCCUUUGGUCUGA